AUGGCGCACGUCACAGAACAUCCAUUUCGAGUGAAGAGGAGGAAGCUCGAUGAAGAUUCUCAUGGGAAUGAGGAAGUGAGCUUCAACUCUGCUGCUCAGCUCCGUGAGGUGCUACUUUUUCAACAGAAUCCCCAGACGGCCAAUAAAGGAAUUAUUUAUUUCAAACAAUUCCUGUUGUCAAUUGGUCAGCCAGGAAAGGAGAGUGAUAAGGCUCACAAAUUGACCAUCCUAAAAGCCUACUGCGAUAAGCAAAUCACUCCCGGUAAAGAAGAAGGCUCUGAGUCGGUCUGUUUUUCAGACAUCACACAGACAUGGAGCUUCGGAGAGUCUAACAACCACGACACCUUACUGACCAAUGUCCCAUCUGUGCUGGCAAUUUUUCUUAAGACUAUCUCUCAUGAGCUGGAAUUCCGGGACUUUGGCCUUGCGCUAUGUAAACAUCUGUUGCAAAAGGAUCAGCUCAGACUCUUCAACCGAGGCUUGACUGCCCUGAAGGCUAAGGAACAUCUCAUCUCUCCAUGCAUCCGUCUUUUGACAGAGAUCGUUACUUUUGAUGGAGGUGCAGUGGCUCGACUGUUGUACCUUCGUCGCCACAUCACUUUUAAGCGAUUAGAGAUUUUCUUAACACCAAGCAAGGCUCAACUUGAGAGUGGUGAGAAUGACACACAGAAGUCGUCAACACUCCGACGAAAUGCUCAACGAUAUUUGCUUGCCAACCUGAGAGUGCAACAUACCCUGGAAAAGGGUGAUCUGAUUGAACAACACAAACUGACCCGCGUAUUCCUUGAGUAUCUGCGAAAAGAUCCACGAGAGACAGUUCUUGAAGCGAUCAAAGCCAUCGAGAGGGAUAUUGUGCAAGAUUUGUCGCUCGCUCGCAAGUCGAAGAGCAAAUUCUUCAAUCGUUGGAACAUGGAAAAGCUUGUUACCCUUUACGGAUACGACCGAGAGUCAGAUGAACCAAACCCCGAGGGCAUAUCCAUUGCGAACGAGAUUCAUCGCGUUUUGAUGAAUGUCUGUAAGACUGCAGGCUUAGGUGCUCUGCUUCCCGAGACGGGAUGGUACCCCGUUGGGACUGAUCCAGAGAACCUGCCCGCUGAUGAUGAUACGUCUAUUGAACUGGGUCUUGACUCCCCAAUCUAUGUCGAUAGAUUUCGGGACUCGAUUCCCGUGCGUAACAACACACUCUCGCAUCUCAUCCAAUCUCUUCGCCCAGACGCGGACAGUUUGCAGAUUGAGUUGUUGGUAACCAUCUUCAAGGUGGCACCAGAGCUGAUUGCUGAUUUCUUUACCAAGAAAGUCAUGUUCACAUCUGAUCCUAAGGCCACUUCUUCGUGGAUGGCAGAGUCUGCUCUUCUUUUCUCAAUCGUACAACUGCCCGUGCCAACAAACUGCGGCUGGAAAGACAAGCAACCAAUGCUUCCUCCUCCAGUGUCGAUUGCUAUCGAAAACAUACUCCCUCGUCCUCUCAGCCAGAAGACCAUGACCCGCUGUCUGAAUCAGAAUGCAGAGAUUGUCACUUUGUUCGCUGUGCGAAUCUUGACUGAAGCAUUUACCAAGUUGCGAGCUGUUUUGAAGAUUUUCCGAUCUGACCAUGGACGAGCUCAACUGUUCUGGAACCAGGCAUCUUCCAAGCUACUUGUUGAGUUCUCGCGCAGGUGUCCUUCCAUUAAAGAUGUCAUCCUGCUUUUCCGACGUACUGCUAAGGAGGAUCUCCAGCAACAAGAAGCUGUUGCGGAGCUUCUGACUUGCUACUACGAAGUGAUGCCCGAUAUUGCUUUGGAAGAAAACUUUGAUGUUUCUUUGGUUCUUGUCGAUGUUCUGAAGCGACUGGAGGACUCAGAUAUCAGCAAAGAUGACUCCGAGAUGCUCUUGAGCCAGUUGCAGAGUGUCCUUCAGAUCGCGCAGCAGUCCGCCUCGCUUCGUUGGUGGCAGAAACCAGCUUCUAUGAACUAUUCUCCGUUCACCUCAAUUCUCAAAGUUCUUAUCGAUACGUCAGACAAAAAUUCCUCGCGACGAAUUUCCAUUCUUCUUCGGACAAUUCUGACCGAGAGUUCGGUUUUGCACAAUGCGCCCCAGGCCUUUAACGCUCUCUUAUCCAGUUUGGAGGAUGCCGGAUCUGGCAUGCACCAUCAACUGGUCUUCUUCGACAACUGUGUAUCUCGGGUAGCUAAGAAACCCGUUCAUUAUCUGGACCUCAUCGGGUCUCUAUCUGAUGAUGAAUCGGCUCUCAGUCCUAUUGUCGCAGCUAUUGUUGAGCAGUGGCCCUUUGUUGUCAAGGCAGGAAAUGAAGAGACAGAGGCAGCUGUUACGGCAUGGAUUGCAAAAUUCCUCGGAUAUCUGAAAUCCGUUGGGGAAGGCACUAAGGCGCUGAAGGCUGCUCGUGACGCAUUGAUGGAAGCUACUGAGACCAAGAAAAACCGCUCUCUUUUCAAGAAAUGUCUCAAGGACAGCGGAGAUGCAGAUGAGGACAUGAUGGAUGUUGACUCUGGCUCUGCCCAACCCACCACAUCCAAAAAGACUCCCACAGUGGACCUCGAGGAGAUCUUUGGACUCCUCCCUACAGAGGGUACAACUCACAACGCAUUGCAAAGAUGGGAGAGAGAAGAGAUCGAAGCAGCUGUGGAACAAGGCCGAAUUUCCGAAUUGAUCCUCUGCCUCUGCUCCGAGCACGAGGAAGUGCGAAGACAGGCAUUCACAAACAUUGUUCGCUUCAUGGCCAAGCUGAAGGAAUCCAGCUAUGCCGAAUGGCGUACUGUGUACACUCUUUGUGGUGAAUUACUCGAAACUGUGAACGGUCUUGGCUUCGACAAACCCGUCCCUUGGAUCAUUGGCGAGUGUGCCUCAAGCUGUCUUUCCGUUCUCAUUAACCCUCUGCACAAAGUCUACGGCAAAGUUAAUAAGUUCUUGCAAAAGGCCCCAACCUGGGAACUGGAGAAGAUCCCAUCAUACUGGAUUGACCGGAUCUUCCUUCACGAGCCCGAGUUAGAUGAUGGCUAUUUCGAAGAGAUUGACUGGCUGCUUAACCUGUUUGUUAAGAGUCUGCGCAGCAAAGCUGACAUGGAAAUUUACCGCCGUGCCAAUGUCUUCGAGCGUAUUCUUUCUCUUUACCAAUCACCUGGUCUGAAUGAAUCAGCUCGACGCAAGAUCUUGCACAUUGUGUACCGUGCUGGGCAGGUGGGAGGAAGUACUACUCUGAUCACUCGCUCGGCCAUCAUCAGCUGGAUUCAGGUCCAGGCUGCUGAGACAGAUCAGGGUAAGGAGACUGCGUUGCUGGCGGCUCUUGCACAAUCGCUAUAUGAGACCUCAGACCGGGAGCGAGUUGAUAAGUGGAGUGCUGGGACUAUUGAGCGGGCUUUGAAAGAGAUUGCCCAAUAUGAUAACUAA